UAGUACUCCCAUGCGGUUUUUGCUGACGUUCCACGCUCAACAGAUGACCCGGCAACUUGGUGGUUUGUGACAUAAAUUUGGAUGUAGGAUACCCAGCCAACUUGUCAGGAUGUCUAAACUGGAAACAUUCAAGUUGCCGAACCAGGACACUCGGCUCAUCAAGUGUAACAACACAGUCUACAAGUUCAAGCUGCAGUACAGAGAUGGGUCCAACCGACUCCCCUGUGAUGUAGCCACCAUGCAGCAGGAGAUGGAGAAUGUGGUUCGCUGUUUGUUACAAAUGAAGGAAGACCUACACCCUGUUCGUACAGACCACUUUGUCAUCUAUCCAUACAAACGGUCCUGGGGGACAGCAGGAAAGCUGAAGUUCUACCAGGGUCAGACAGAGCUGCAGGCGUACCCCUAUGUGCUGUAUGUGUACGUGGAGCCCACCUGUAAGGUCCAGGCUCAGGCCCAGAAGUGUUCGUCAGACCCAACAUUUCCUGCUGUGGGUGAUGGUGAUGAUGACAAGAAUGAAGAAGUGCAUGAGGGGAGGGAGACACACAGGAGACAUAAACCUAAACUAACCCAGGCUGACAUCCAUGAAGUUUUGAACACAGAGUUUGGACAUGUCUUCACUCCGCCUCCGAAGAAGGUGAAAAGGAAACAUAUAAGACAGAAUAAUGUGAAAGAAAGGCACCCGACGGCUCAAGAACCAGAAGCCAUUGGCCAGAAUAAGGAAAGACCUGUAACUCCGCCAGAAGGGAUACCUCCAGGACCUAUACCUCCAGCAGAAGAGAUGCCCCCCGGCCCCAGCAGUGUGCCGACCCGGAGCACCAGCAGGAAGGCCUACAGGCUGGGGAGGAGGCACAGGAGCGUAGACACGCCCAUCAGUGGGCGCCCAAGGAGGGGUGAGUCAGCUUGUCUCUACCGGAGAUUUCAGUUUGUGUAGGAGAAAAUGGUUAAAG